AUCAGUAUGCCAUGGUGGUCAUCUAUGCCCUGGUCUUCGUGCUCAGCCUGCUGGGAAACUCCUUAGUGAUACUGGUUGUCUUAUAUAGUCGGGGCCAUCUAUCCCCCCUAUUCCAGCCCAGUCUGCUAUGAGGACAUGGGUGCCAAUACUACAAAAUGGCGGAUGGUGAUGCGGGUCCUGCCCCAGACCUUUGGCUUCCUCCUGCCUUUGAUGGUCAUGCUAUUUUGCUAUGGACUCACCCUGCGCACGCUGUUUGAGGCCCACAUGGGGCAGAAACACCGGGCCAUGAGGGUCAUCUUUGCUGUCGUGCUCAUCUUCCUGCUCUGCUGGCUGCCCUACAACCUGGUCCUGAUCGCAGACACCCUCAUGAGGCUCCGGGCGAUCAAAGAGACCUGUGAGCGCCGCAAUGACAUUGGCCGGGCCCUGGAUGCCACCGAGAUUCUGGGCUUCUUCCACAGCUGCCUCAAUCCCAUCAUCUACGCCUUCAUUGGCCAGAAGUUUCGCCAUGGACUCAUCAAGAUCAUGGCCAUCCAUGGCCUCAUCAGCAAGGAGCACUUGUCCAAGGACAGCAGGCCUUCCUUUGUUGGCUCUUCUUCAGGGAACACUUCUACUACCUUCUAGGCCCCUGCCCCUGUUGCAGCCCCUCGGGGCUCCUCCCUUGCCAUCAGCACCCCAUUCUAAGCCUCACGCCCACUGGCUGUCCACAGUCUCUAUGUCAAGGCAGCCCCCGUUGUGGUUACAGGAAGUUACUGGGGUCACAUCCUUAUCAGGCCCUCCUUGUGUGGUUGAGAAAGCCUGCCCUGCUGCCCCUCCCCUUACUGUAGUUGCUAUGUCAGCUGCUAGAGCUCAGUCCAUCCUACCACUGAGCCCAUAGCACCCUGUCCCCUGAGACACUUAAAGACAUUUAACAGACAUUCUUUUAAGUGACUACAGAAAGUUCCCACCAUUGGGAGCCAUUAGUGGCAAACAGCACUGGUUGCUGCCCCAACUCUCUCUUUCUUGCCUGUCAGCAAAGUCCAGUUCCCUUGAGAGAGGCCAAAAAGGACAGGUACUCCUUUCUAAGACUCCUUUUUGCUAGGAGUGGCCUUAUCAUUCACUUCUGACUAAUAAGAUUUAAGUGUGUGCUGGUCAACCACUGUCCUGGGGAAAAAAAAAGUCCUGAUUUGUAGCAUUUGCCAAGUUGCCUGGUGUAAAUGCUCCACCGUGGCGAUGUCAGGGGUGGUGGUGUUUAGCAACCAGCUCACAAAAAUCUAGGAAAUGUAAUGAUCUGCUUUCACAAGCAGGUACAAACUGGCUUCAGUGCACCAUUGCUUAAGAGGAAGUCUGCUGGGACCGGAGGACUCCUGGGAAGUACUCCUGAUUAAACACACACACACACACACACACACACACCCUUGGUUCUUGCCUUUAAAUAUGGUUGUAGGAUAUAAUGUGACAAAGUGGCAAAAACUAAGUAUGCCCAACAUACUUAGGCAGACGGAGUCAAAGUAUAAAAAGGACCCGAGAAUGAAGAGCCCAGAAAGAAACCUAAGCAUAAAUGGUCAAAUUGUUUUCAACAAGGGCAUCAAGACUCUUCAGUGGGGAAAGGAUAGUCUUUCAACAAAUGGUGCUGGGAAAACUAUUCACGUGCACAAGAAUGAACUUGGUCUCUUCUCUUACACUAUACCCAAAGUUGACUGAAAAUGGAUCAAAGACCUCAACAUGAGAGUUUCAAUGAUAAAACUCUUAGUAGAAACAUAGAAGAAAAAUUUUAUAACA